AUGCGAAAUAAGACAAUAUUUAACGUCACGUACAACUCAUACACCCGCGUGACUAUAUGCUCACGUCCUACAAGUCCCUCAACAACUGCAUCGCAGACAUAUAACGAUCAUCAUGACGACAAACACGUGGUUGCAUUCGCUGCAGCGCUUACACGCACAGUGACAGGGAACUCCGGUGAUACUGUUAGAUAUGACAAGAUUUUUACCAACCUUGGAGGUGGAUACGACAGAAACACUGGAGUGUUUACUGCUCCCAAAUCAGGAAUUUACAAAUUUGAUUUUCAUGCCUACGAUUCUAAUACUGAUCACGCGAUGUGGCUGGAACUGAUUAAAAAUACAGAGCUCCUUGUUUCUCUGGCCGGUUACAGCAGCCAUACCUCUGCAGGUAACUCUGUCAUUGUCUUCGUCGGAAAAGGGGAGAGAGUUUUCGUCCAGGUCAGACAGGACCAGAGCUUCACCCUCUUUGGCCAGAAAAAUAAGGUUUAUGGUACUUUCGUCGGACAUCUGAUUGGUGAAAUGGACAUGGCUCAAAGUGAUUCUUCUUAA